CAGAAAAAUGAAUACAUAGGAUUGAUACAAGAACAUUUGGUACCUCAGUAUUACUGGGUUUGAUAAUUCUAUUUGAUGUUCUCCACUCUGAAACUGAAACACGCGACCGUUGGUUCCCGCCUUUUCUGCGUUGGCUCUCUACAAACACAGAUCAGCACAACCAUAUGGCACAAGUUGAAGUCACCCACUCAUCAAACCCUUCACCAUCUCCUGGAUCAGAGCACCUCCUUCAGACAACUCAAGCUUGUACAUGCCCAAAUCAUCCUCCUUGGACUUGCUGACCAAGUUGUCACCCUAGGCAAGCUAGUCUCUCUUUGCGUUCAAGAGGGAGAUCUCCGUUAUGCACACCUCCUGUUUGAUCAAAUUCCCCAACCCAAUAAAUUCAUGUACAAUCAUUUGAUAAGGGGUUAUUCGAAUAUCGAUGAUCCAAUAAAUUCUUUGUUGCUCUACCGCCAAAUGGUGAGGGCGGGCCUUAUGCCAAACCAAUUCACCUUCCCCUUUGUUUUCAAAGCUUGCGCUGCCAAACCCUUCUAUUGGGAAGCUGUUAGUGUUCAUGCUCAGGCCAUUAAACUCGGAAUGAGGUGUCAUGCAUGCGUGCAAAAUUCAAUUUUGACUGUCUAUGUUGCUUGCCGUCAAAUACCAAGUGCACGGCAAGUGUUUGAUGAUAUUUCUGACAGGACUCUGGUAUCCUGGAAUUCUAUGAUUGCUGGGUAUUCUAAAAUUGGCCACUGUUCUGGUGCUGUUAUGUUGUUAGAGGAAAUGCAACAUCAGGGAGUACAGCCUGACGUGUUCACCUUUGUUAGCUUGCUUUCUGUUUCCUCAAAGAAUGGUAAUUUGGAUUUGGGAAGAUUUGUUCAUCUUUAUAUCGUUACUACUGAUGUUCAAAUUGAUUCAAUUGUGAAGAAUGCCCUAAUAGAAAUGUAUGCCAAGUGAGGGCAUUUACAAUAUGCUAAAAGUGUUUUUGAUAAAAUGCUUAAUAAAAACGUUGUUUCUUGGACAUGUAUGGUAAAUGCUUAUGCCAAUCAUGGUCUUAUUGAUAACGCUGUGCAAAUUUUUAAUCAGAUGCCUGUGAAGAACGUGGUUUCUUGGAAUUCAAUAAUCUGGUGCCUUGUUCAAGAAGGGCUUUACACGGAAGCUAUGGAACUUUUCCACAGAAUGUGCAUUUCAGAUGUGAUUCCUGACGAUGGUACUCUUGUUAACAUUCUUUCAUGCUGCAGUCACAUGGGCGAUCUGGCAUUGGGAAAACAAGCCCACGAUUACAUUUGUGGUAAUAAUAUUACAGUGAGUGUGACGCUCUGUAACUCCCUAAUAGACAUGUACGCAAAAUGUGGUGCUCUUCAUACUGCUAUGGACAUCUUCUUUGGGAUGCCUGAGAAGAAUGUGGUGUCAUGGAACGUUAUUAUUGGGGCACUUGCUUUGCAUGGUUUUGGAGAAGAAGCAAUUGAGACGUUCAGGAGGAUGCAAGCCAGUGGGCUGUGUCCCGAUGAGAUUACCUUCACAGGGUUACUUUCUGCUUGUAGUCACAGUGGUCUAGUGGACAUGGGGCGAUAUUAUUUUGAAUUGAUGAGUUCUACGUUCGGGAUUUCUCCAAAUGUUGCACAUUAUGCAUGCAUGGUUGAUCUUUUAGGGCGUGGGGGAUUCAUAGGAGAAGCAGUGACCCUGAUACAAAAGAUGCCUGUUAAACCAGACGUUGUAGUUUGGGGUGCUUUGCUUAGUGCUUGCAGGACCUAUGGGAAUCUGGAGAUUGCAAAGCAAAUCAUGAAGCAGUUGCUAGAGUUGGGACGAUAUGACUCUGGCCUUUAUGUGCUUCUCUCAAACAUGUAUUCGGAGUCUCAAAGAUGGGAUGACAUGAAAAAGAUCAGGAAAAUAAUGGAUGACGCUGGGAUACAAAAGUGUAAAGCGAUUAGCUGCAUUGAAAUCGAUGGCUGUUGCCAUCAGUUCAUGGUGGAUGACAAAACACACGAUACUUCAGCCAGUAUAUACUCCACGCUGGAUCAAUUAAUGGAUCAUCUCAAGUCUGUACAUCAUUGUAAAUCUUUUGAUGUGGAGGACAUAAACUAUUCUAGAAAUCUUCAAUCACCAGCAUCAAUGGCAGCCUCACUACAAGCUGCAGCUACCUUCAUGCAACCCACCAAGGUGGGCUUAACCUCCCGCAACCUCAAAUCUUCUCAAUGCAUCUCUAAGGCUUUCGGCUUGGAACCCGCCGGACCUAAAUUCACCUGCUCUCUUCAGUCUGAUCUCAAAGACCUGGCUCAAAAAUGCGCCGACGCCACCAAACUUGCAGGAUUCGCCCUUGCCACCUCGGCUCUCCUAGUUUCUGGAGCAAGUGCAGAAGGUGUUCCAAAGAGGCUAACCUUCGACGAAAUCCAGAGCAAGACAUAUCUGGAAGUGAAGGGAACUGGAACUGCUAACCAGUGCCCAACCAUCGAUGGUGGAGUGGACUCAUUCGCCUUCAAGGCAGGCAAAUACAACGCCAAGAAGCUGUGUCUGGAACCCACUUCCUUCACGGUGAAGGCAGAGGGUGUGGCCAAGAACGCCCCUCUAGAGUUCCAAAACACCAAGCUCAUGACCCGUCUCACCUACACCCUCGACGAGAUCGAGGGCCCCUUCGAGGUUUCACCCGACGGAACGGUGAAAUUCGAGGAGAAAGACGGGAUUGACUACGCUGCUGUGACUGUUCAGCUUCCCGGGGGAGAGCGUGUGCCGUUCCUCUUCACCAUCAAGCAGUUGGUGGCCACUGGGAAACCAGAAAGCUUCAGUGGGGACUUCCUUGUUCCCUCUUACCGUGGUUCCUCUUUCUUGGACCCCAAGGGAAGGGGUGCCUCAACCGGUUAUGACAAUGCUGUUGCUUUGCCUGCUGGUGGCAGAGGAGAUGAGGAGGAGCUUGCAAAGGAGAACAACAAAAGUGCUUCAUCUUCCAAAGGGAAAAUUACCUUGAGUGUGACCAAGACCAAGCCUGAGACUGGAGAGGUUAUUGGGGUGUUUGAGAGUAUUCAGCCUUCUGAUACUGAUUUGGGGGCUAAAGCUCCUAAGGAUGUGAAGAUCCAAGGUGUCUGUUUGAUGUUCUCCACUCUGAAACUGAAACACGCGACCGUUGGUUCCCGCCUUUUCUGCGUUGGCUCUCUACAAACACAGAUCAGCACAACCAUAUGGCACAAGUUGAAGUCACCCACUCAUCAAACCCUUCACCAUCUCCUGGAUCAGAGCACCUCCUUCAGACAACUCAAGCUUGUACAUGCCCAAAUCAUCCUCCUUGGACUUGCUGACCAAGUUGUCACCCUAGGCAAGCUAGUCUCUCUUUGCGUUCAAGAGGGAGAUCUCCGUUAUGCACACCUCCUGUUUGAUCAAAUUCCCCAACCCAAUAAAUUCAUGUACAAUCAUUUGAUAAGGGGUUAUUCGAAUAUCGAUGAUCCAAUAAAUUCUUUGUUGCUCUACCGCCAAAUGGUGAGGGCGGGCCUUAUGCCAAACCAAUUCACCUUCCCCUUUGUUUUCAAAGCUUGCGCUGCCAAACCCUUCUAUUGGGAAGCUGUUAGUGUUCAUGCUCAGGCCAUUAAACUCGGAAUGAGGUGUCAUGCAUGCGUGCAAAAUUCAAUUUUGACUGUCUAUGUUGCUUGCCGUCAAAUACCAAGUGCACGGCAAGUGUUUGAUGAUAUUUCUGACAGGACUCUGGUAUCCUGGAAUUCUAUGAUUGCUGGGUAUUCUAAAAUUGGCCACUGUUCUGGUGCUGUUAUGUUGUUAGAGGAAAUGCAACAUCAGGGAGUACAGCCUGACGUGUUCACCUUUGUUAGCUUGCUUUCUGUUUCCUCAAAGAAUGGUAAUUUGGAUUUGGGAAGAUUUGUUCAUCUUUAUAUCGUUACUACUGAUGUUCAAAUUGAUUCAAUUGUGAAGAAUGCCCUAAUAGACAUGUAUGCCAAGUGCGGGCAUUUGCAAUAUGCUAAACGUGUUUUUGAUAGAAUGCUUGAUAAAAACGUUGUUUCUUGGACAUGUAUGGUCAAUGCUUAUGCCAAUCAUGGUCUUAUUGAUAACGCUGUGCAAAUUUUUAAUCAGAUGCCUGUGAAGAACGUGGUUUCUUGGAAUUCAAUAAUCUGGUGCCUUGUUCAAGAAGGGCUUUACACGGAAGCUAUGGAACUUUUCCACAGAAUGUGCAUUUCAGAUGUGAUUCCUGACGAUGGUACUCUUGUUAACAUUCUUUCAUGCUGCAGUCACAUGGGCGAUCUGGCAUUGGGAAAACAAGCCCACGAUUACAUUUGUGGUAAUAAUAUUACAGUGAGUGUGACGCUCUGUAACUCCCUAAUAGACAUGUACGCAAAAUGUGGUGCUCUUCAUACUGCUAUGGACAUCUUCUUUGGGAUGCCUGAGAAGAAUGUGGUGUCAUGGAACGUUAUUAUUGGGGCACUUGCUUUGCAUGGUUUUGGAGAAGAAGCAAUUGAGACGUUCAGGAGGAUGCAAGCCAGUGGGCUGUGUCCCGAUGAGAUUACCUUCACAGGGUUACUUUCUGCUUGUAGUCACAGUGGUCUAGUGGACAUGGGGCGAUAUUAUUUUGAAUUGAUGAGUUCUACGUUCGGGAUUUCUCCAAAUGUUGCACAUUAUGCAUGCAUGGUUGAUCUUUUAGGGCGUGGGGGAUUCAUAGGAGAAGCAGUGACCCUGAUACAAAAGAUGCCUGUUAAACCAGACGUUGUAGUUUGGGGUGCUUUGCUUAGUGCUUGCAGGACCUAUGGGAAUCUGGAGAUUGCAAAGCAAAUCAUGAAGCAGUUGCUAGAGUUGGGACGAUAUGACUCUGGCCUUUAUGUGCUUCUCUCAAACAUGUAUUCGGAGUCUCAAAGAUGGGAUGACAUGAAAAAGAUCAGGAAAAUAAUGGAUGACGCUGGGAUACAAAAGUGUAAAGCGAUUAGCUGCAUUGAAAUCGAUGGCUGUUGCCAUCAGUUCAUGGUGGAUGACAAAACACACGAUACUUCAGCCAGUAUAUACUCCACGCUGGAUCAAUUAAUGGAUCAUCUCAAGUCUGUACAUCAUUGUAAAUCUUUUGAUGUGGAGGACAUAAACUAUUCUAGAAAUCUUCAAUAAUUCAGCAUCAAGUUUGAUGGAUGGAAUGGUAAUUUCUUAAAAUGAAAUGAUUAUUUCCUCCCAAUUCUAAUGGCAUCUUCUAUUGAAACAAACAAACAAAACUUUUAACUUUUUUUCAUAUAUAUAAAUUAUAGACCA